AUGAGCCGCACAAGAAAAGAUGUACAAGGUGUGAAGGAUCCCAAGGGUAAGAAAAGAAUCUCGUCACAUGACUCUGUCAACUCCCUUGCACCAUCGAAGCUACGCAAACAUAAUAGUCCUCAUUAUAAUGAUGGAGAUUGUGUGCUUCUGAAGGCCUCUAAUCCGGAUGAUCCACCAUAUGUUGCUCAGAUUGUUGAAUCUAAGGCUAAAAAAGUGAAAGUAAGAUGGUACUAUAGACCCCAAGACACUGAACUGUGGAAGAAAGACUGUGACACUGACAUGUGGAAGAAAGACUGUCACGGGAAAAAAGAAUUGUUUCUAUCUAACCACGUUGAUCCUCAAAGUCUAGAUUUAUCCUAG